AUGACGUAUAAAAGUCAAGAAAAGUGCUUGGUAUGCAGUAAACAGCAAAACGUAAAUAUGCUAAAGUGUUUUAGAAAUAUUUUAACAUACCGUAACAACGCUGUAUUUAAAAGUCAAAUACGGUAUAAUUCCGAGGAAAUUCCAAUUUUCAUCAACGGUAAAUCGGUAUGCGUCCCUAAAUACUACACAGUGAUGCAAGCUUUACGCCAGGAGAGGGUAACAAUACCAUCAUUCUGUUACCACGAGAGACUCUCAAUAGCCGGCAAUUGUCGAAUGUGUUUAGUCGAAAUAGAGGGAAUGUGGAAGCCCCAGAUAGCGUGCGCGCUGCCAGUAUCCAAAAACAUUAAAAUAUGGACAAACAGUAAACUAACUUUAAGAGCCCAAGAAAGCGUGCUAGAAUUUAUCCUGGUAGAUCACCCGCUCGACUGUCCUAUAUGUGAUCAGGGUGGAGAAUGUGACUUGCAAGAUCUGACAAUGAAAUUCGGGAAUGACAGAACGAGAUUCACAGAUAUACACUUUCAAGGGAAACGUGCGGUGGAAGACAAGAACUUAGGUCCUCUAAUACGCACGGAAAUGACCAGAUGCAUACACUGCACUCGGUGUAUAAGGUUUGCGUCGCAAGUCGCCGGCAUGGAUGUUUUAGGCACCGCCGGUAGAGGAGGAGAAAUGCUUGUAGGGACGUAUGUCGACAAAAUGUUUUUAUCCGAGGUAUCCGGGAAUAUCAUAGACCUCUGCCCAGUCGGAUCCUUGACAGCUAUCCCGUAUAUGUUUAAGGCGAGGCCUUGGGAAAUACGUAGGACCAAUUCCAUCGACGCCACAGAUGCCACGGGAACGAAUAUUGUUCUAAAUCACAGGUUCAACAGGGUGAUAAGGGUUCUCCCUCGUGAGAACGAAGAGAUCAACCAAGAAUGGCUGUCUGACAAGGGUCGGUGGUCUAUAGAUUCGCUGGAGAUGCAAAGACUGGUAUCACCGAUGUAUCGAAAUCAAGGCCGUUUGGUACCAAUAGAAUGGGACUGCGCGCUGAAACUGACUGCGAGCACCAUAAAAAACGUGAACCCGGGUAAAAUAAUGGCAAUCGCUGGACCCUAUUGCAACGCAGAGACAUUAGUAGUCGCAAAGGACUAUCUAAAUAUCUUAGGCUGUGAGAACACGUACGUUGAAAAAGAUUUGACUCAUAUAAACGGGAAUAUCGAUCUUAGAACCAGCUAUUCAAUCAAUAUCAAAAUGAACGAAAUAGCGAAGGCAGAUAGGAUUCUUCUCGUUGGAACAAAUCCGAGAUUCGAAGCACCUAUACUGAAUACGUGGAUACGGUUGGCUUACACACAUAACGAUUGCGACAUUUUCGCAAUUGGCCCACAGUGUGAUUAUAAUUACCACGUCAAUUACAUCGGUCAAGAUACGGGAUCUCUGUCUCAAGCAGCGGAAUGUUUGAAAGGUGCUAAGAACCCUCUCAUAUUUGUUGGAAUUGAUCAAUUGGACUCGCCUAACGCUGGCCAAAUAAUGGCGGCUUUAUACAAUCUUGCGGGUAGUUUUAAGGUGGAUAAAGAAUGGGGGAUCGUCAAUAUUGUCACUCGCGAUGCAGGUUUCGCUGCAGCGCUGGAGGCUGGAUGGAAACCGGGUGCUUUGAACGCCAUGAAGACCAUAUGUCCGUGUGUGAUAAUAUCUUUGGGUGCUGAUGAUAUAUUCUACAAGAUUAAACCAUCGAUUGAACUGAAGAUCAUAUACGUAGGGUUCCAAGGAGAUAAGGGAUCGGAAUUUGCAAGCCUAAUACUACCGGGGAGCGCUUAUACGGAAUCGGGUGGGGUAUUUUUGAAUAUGGAGUGCCGGAGUCAGUUCGCUCUGCCAGCAAUCACGCCACCAGGUAAAGCGCGGUAUGAUUGGAAGAUUUUCAGGGCAUUAGCGGAAUAUUCCGGGAUAUCCCUUUUCUAUAGUGACGCGGAUACGUUGUGCUGUAGAUUGGCGCAAAUAAGUCCAAACUUCGUGAACUUUGAUUAUUAUCAACACAAGCUAUUUUCCGAGUUGAUUCCUCGUCUUAUUAAACCAGGUCAGGGAGGCGGUGGAAAUUUGAACGUGCCUAUGAAAGAAAUUAAAGAUUAUUACUGCUCAAAUAUUUACACCUGCAAUUCUAAUACGAUGAGGCAAGCAGAGAAGGCUGCGAAGCUGCAUAAAAAAUCUAAUUACGCCUGUAUUUAA